AUAGUGAGCUUCCCUUCCAGGUUAUACUGGGCAAUAGCCUUAGCUGUUCUCCUCUGCUGCGCCAUCAGCAACUUACUCUCAACCAUCAUGCGGUUCUUUGACGCCCCAACACACCUCGAAACUCGCGACACCAUCAUGACAAGGAUAAUAUUCCCUUCCGUGAUGGUGUGUCCAGAACUUUACUACCAGGAUUACAAGAUUGAGAAUCUGCUCCAAAACAAAAAAUACCCCCCUGGCAUGUCAGCACACACCAUCAGGCCCAUCAUCAAACAGCUCGCCGCGUUCUUCUCCCCAGACGUCCCGUAUUACGUAGACGAUAUCACACAAAUCAUAGAGUUCCUAGAAUACAACGACCUGGAUGUGGAAGAGGCUGGGCUAUUGUUGGCGAGUUCUUGUGAGGAGACUCUUUUAAGGUGUCGUUACCUCAAGGAAGACUACGACUGUUCGAACAUCUUUCACAUGGAGAUCACAAUGUAUGGAAUUUGCUGCACUUUUAAUGGCAGAUCUUUGAAAAGGGACAUAAAACUAGGCGGCGACAAGACAACGAAGCUUCGUGUAUGGUACUCCAGCGAGGUUGGUCCAUACGCCUCACUAAUUAUCGCUGUCAAUCAGAGCCAACACUUGGACAACGUGGACCUCUCCUACAAGUGGCUAGCCAUCCAGAAAAACCGUCGUUACAUCGACGGCACAUCCAACGGCACGGCCCUCUCCCCAGGAACAGAAGUGUGGUCCUCCUUCCACGCCAAAUACCUUAAAGUCACCGAAGACUCCAGGUUCAUGGGAGACGAGCUCAGAGGAUGCAGGAGUGUGAGCAAGCAGCUGCAGUUCUUCCAGGGUUAUAAUAAGUAUCUUUUGUUUAUCAUAAAUCUAACUUACUUGUACUUUACGGGUUCUAUAUCCAAGUCAAGAUCUUUUUUUUCUAUCUUCGCCUCAGACAUAAAUGAAUGUCGCUUUGCCCUAACUAUUAUGCGUCACUUUUUCGAAGCGCUUUCGCCAUUUUGAAGUUCAACCAGUAAUCCCCUAAUUUCAUUUAAUAACUUUAUUUUUGCUUGCCUACAUUACUUUUGUAUUUCUUUUCGAAAUUCAUUAAAAUUUAGUUUUUCUUUUACAUUUUACUUUUUAAUUAUUGAU